AUGAGCACUGUCUUUCAGCCCCAGCUGGCUUCAUGGGAGAAUCAUGCUAUUCACAACUAUCCUGCUGCAGUACCCCAGGCUGCCCGACCUGCUGCUCCUGUAACCGAUCCGAGAGCAUCUCAAUACUGCAGAUAUCCUACGCAGCAACAAGAUCAACGGCAGCAGCAACCACAACCACAACCACAACAACAACAAUCCACAUAUAACCACUACUACCAGCAUGAGCCAUCGACACAACCUGCACAGCCUCAGCUUAAUUUACAGCUAACGUCCCAAGUUUCUCAACACCGAAAUGGGUCAAUCUCAGCAGAGUCACAAGCCCCGGGACAGACCGUCAGGCCUUCAACGCCUGCGUCGACUGCGUCAGGGAGCAAGGACGAGUCCGAGUCGCUUGUCUAUCACAGCCUGCAAAUCCCCAAGUGCAUCAGCCCUUCAGGUGGAAACCUCGCCGAUUUCGCUGCUCAGAUGACUUGCUUGUUCUGGUUCGAAUCGAUUGAGGAACUCAAGCAGGCCGAGUCGAUCCGUGUCAGAGGCCCCAAUGCUCUAAUCCCUCGGUUACCAUCUCUUGCCAAUCCCCACGACCAAUUUCGGAAGUGGGUGUACAGCGUGUUGUCUACGACACAGGUGACCCAAAAUGUCAUCCUAUUGGCGUUGUUGUUCAUCUACCGAUUGAAGAUGUCAACUCCUCAAAUCAAAGGUCGUGCCGGCAGUGAAUAUCGAUUGUUGACUGUAGCCCUCAUGCUCGGGAACAAAUUCUUGGAUGAUAACACCUACACGAACAAGACCUGGGCCGAAGUGUCAAGCUUCGUUGUGCAGGAGAUCCAUGUCAUGGAGGUGGAGUUUCUGAGCAACAUGCGAUACAAUUUGGUUGCUACUAAGGAGCAAUGGGAGGGCUGGUUGGACAAGCUUUCCUGCUUCCACGAGUACUACGAGCGAGCUGUGCGAUUGCCAGCAUCCCCGAUUCAUAUUCCUUCGCCAACAAACAAGUCUCAUCACUCGCCUGUCGCUUCACCGACGGGUAUGAUGCAGCCCAUCACCAAUCUCCCUACUCCGGCUGUUACAACGACCAACUACUCACCUACCUCGAGUCAUUCCCAGAACUGGUCUGCAUACCACUCGAACACCGUCUCUCCAUUGGCUACCAAGCCCAACCUGCAGUUCCCUGUCUCACGGAAGCGAAGUCCCGAGGAAGAGAUUAUGGAACACCCCGCGAAGCGCCUUGCCCCCCCUGGACGAGUUCCAGCUCCCGCCAUGGUCCAAGCUGUCAACCCGCGAUCCAAUGGAAUCGUGGAGCCGGCGAGGCUGCCUGUUCCCCAUCUCACUGUCAUGACCGGACAACCCCAAAUGCAGCCUCAGAUGCAGCCUCAAAUGCAGCCUCAAACCCAGCCUCAAACCCAGCCUCAAACCCAGCCUCAAACCCAGCCUGCACUGGCGCCCUUCAACAACGGCAACGUCAAUAUCAACGGGUAUCCUCAACCUACACAGCAGGUUGCCCAGCCUGUUCACGUCUCGCUUCCUCCAUUGCAGACAGGUAUGCGUGCCAUGUCAACAGUCUACCCAUCAGGCCCUGCCGCUAUGGUGCAAAAGCAAUCGCUUCCCACCCCAACGGGUGUCACCAUGGCUCAAGCUAGCUUUCCUACUCAGGCACCUGUUAACUUCGGUACACCAAACAAGCAGCACAGUCCUGGACGUCUGGGUCCCUUCAACUCAUCGCCUCUGGCUGAGGCAUACGGUCAAGCAUCGGCUGUUCACACUCCUCUGGUGCACACUCCCAUUUCUAACUCGCCGAGUGUCUUCCUCCAACAGCGACCUAGUCCGUAUAAACCUGUGCGCCAUGUUAAUACGCUCUUGUGUCCCCCACCUUCGGCCUCACUUGAGCAAUAUCAUCUCGCUGUGCCUGUUCCCCCGACGCAGAUGCACUAUCAGCCACUGGGACGACGAAACGACCUGCGAACUGGCAUUGUCCCAGAAUUUAUGGUCUAUAACCGCAGUCAUUCCCAAAACCUCCCCCCUCACGGACUCGCUCAGGGACACUACCCGUCUUAG